AUGACUGACAAUGACAUUCAAAUGACAACGCGUAUAACCUCAGUUUUUGAAUAGAAAAUUUCAAAACAAUAGGAAAAUAUAAUUAAAAACAUGUUUUUCUUCUAUUUAUUAAGUUUGUUGUCGCUAGCCGUGCAGGCUACAUUCAUUACUUUAUCAAUUGCGGCGGGCCUGUACUAUUUAGCUGAAUUAGUAGAGGAGUACACUGUGAUGGCUAAAUAUAUAAUCACAUGGACUGUUAUAGUGAGGCACAGGAUCCAUAUAGGGCUGCUGAUCUUCGAGGAUAUCCCUCUAUACCUGAACGCCCUAGGUCUCGUCCAGCAAGUGUUCCACAUGCUGCUACUGAAAGACUUCCCAGUGGUCCGGAUAACCAGUGUCACGUUUGUCGCCGCCGUCCUCACGCUGGUAUUGCAUCAUUAUCUGGCGUUCAAGUUCUUUGGUACCGUGUUUUACACUUUUUCAGAGGUGCUAUCAUACUUCACGCUGUGUCUGUGGGUGGUGCCGUUCGCGCUGUUUGUCUCGCUGUCCGCCAACGACUACGUGCUACCCACCACCGGGGAGAAACAACCUUUAUUGUUGGGUGACAAUAACGUUUUGACAGAUUAUUUGGCGCGAAAGUCGAAGAAGUAUAGUCUGCUGUCAUUCUUCAGUUUCGCUAAGGACUCCAUAUUGCCGCAGCGUAGUAAGAAGGCAUUUUAAUACAAAUAGUAAUUAUUUAUUCAAUAUCUAUACAUAUUUAGCUAAAAUUAAUGUCCUAUAUGCCGUUUUCAACAACCUAAACUAUCUCUUAACUUAAGAGUUACUUAAUGUGACGUAGCACCUAAACUAACACCUUACUUAUAGUGUUACGUGUCACUUAUAGGUUGAUGAAAAAUGUCGGUAAAUGUCACUUAUAGGGUGACUGGUAAUUAGUGAACGAUAUUUAAACACGUGAUUGUACUCAUGAUUACAAACAACUUUCCCA